CGGCGCAUCACUAGCGGGGAAGAGCUGGCAAAGACGGAAAAGAGGGAACGAUAGGCUGGAGACAGGGAGACAGACACGGAAAACGGGGAGACAGCCCUUAAAGACAGCUUCAGGUCAUACCUGGGAUUCAGCUGCGCUCCGAGGCGACACUUUGAUGGCUGACAGCGGCAGAAAAACUGAAGAUCUGUGACUGGCCUUUUUUUUUCUUCUUUCGCAACGAGCGGGUCAACACAGCCGCAUUGAUCCCAUCAUCCCAGGCUUUGUGGAUCACCUCACCCUCUUUAUCUAAAGAGAUUCCCCCGUUGAUUUCUACUUCAUAACAAAGCCUAUGGAUUACAGAGGGUGUUGGAAAGGCUUUGAUCACAGCUACGUCAAUACCGUGACCCAAUCCAAGUGAAGAAGAGCUUCAGUUAUUUAUUUUAUUUUUUGUUGUUUUUGUGAAUCAGUUUGACCGGGACUUUCAUCGGUUACAUGUUUUAUUUGAUCAGCUGCUUUUUUUGACCCAAACACCCUAGCGCAGAACCCGGCUCUCCUUCUGCCACCAUGUACGGUAGCUCCCGUUCUGUCUCCAAGCUGGACGUCGUCGGCUCCAACGGUAACGGCUCCGUGUCCGGGAGUCCCGGCCGCUCGCCGCGCCUACCGCGCUCCCCCCGUUUGGGACACCGACGGAACAACAGCAGCAGCCCUGGCGGCGGACUCACCGGCACGGGAAAGACUCUGUCCAUGGAGAACAUUCAGUCCCUGAACGCUGCCUACGCCACCGGGGGUCCCAUGUACUUCACCGACACAGCCGAAGACCCGGUGGGGAGCAUGGGCGGCGCGCCCAAAAGCACCAUGACCCUGGGGAGAGCCGGAGCCAGGGUGCCGUAUGGGGUGAGGGCAGCGGUGAUGGGGAGCAGCCCGAAUAUAAACACAGGAGGAGGGGGGAGCAGCGCCGCCCUCAUGCCUGCUGAUGCCAUAGCAUUCGGAGGGGAGCUGCAGAACCAGCCUCCACAAGCAGCCACUGUUCCUCACUCCAUGAGACAGGUCAGAGAAGGAGCAAUGUCAGACCUGCAAACGCAGCUACGAGAAGUGCUUCGAGAAAACGAGCUGCUGCGCAGAGAGCUGGAGGGCAAAGAGUCCAAGCUGAGCUCCUCUAUGAACUCCAUAAAGACGUUCUGGAGUCCAGAGCUAAAGAAAGAGAGAGCGCUGAGGAAAGAUGAAGCUACAAAGAUGGCCGUGUGGAAGGAGCAAUACAGGGUGGUGCAGGAAGAGACACAGCAUCUUCAAUGCACCAUCCAGGCCUUACAAGAUGAGCUCAGGAUCCAGCGCGAUCUCAAUCACCUCUUCCAAUCCGAUUACUCGGAGUCCGGGCGACUUGGCGCCCAGUCCAUUCCCCCUCAGGAGAUGACCGAGGAGAACUUCCUUCAUCUCCACAGCGAGUUUGAGCGGCAGGCCAAGGAGCUCUUCCUCCUGAGGAAGACUGUGGAGGAGAUGGAGCUGAGGAUAGACACGCAGAAACACACUUUGACCGCCAGGGAUGAGUCUAUAAAGAAGUUGCUGGAGAUGUUGCAGAGUAAAGGUCUGUCGUCGCGGGCGACAGAGGAGGACCACGAGCGAACGAGGCGACUCGCUGACGCAGAGAUGACCAUCCACCAGCUGGAGGGGCUGCUGGAGCAAAAAGACAAGGAGAUGCUUCAGCUCAGAGAGGAGCUUCACAGGAGAUAUGAAGCAGCGCCAGAAUCAACGAAGACCAAGGCCCUGCAGACUGUUAUUGAAAUGAAGGAUGCAAAGAUCAGCUCCAUGGAGCGCGGCAUGAGGGAGCUGGAGGAGGAGGUGAUGAUGCUGAAGUCCAACGGCGCUCUGAGCAGCGAGGAGAGAGAGGAGGAGAUCAAACAGAUGGAGGUCUACAGAUCCCACUCCAAGUUUAUGAAGAACAAGGUUGAACAGCUAAAGGAAGAGCUAACUCAGAGCCAAUCAGAGAAGGAGGAGCUAAGGCAACGAGCCAAUGAGCUUCAGCAGGAGGUGACUGCAAUGGAGCAGGCAAAACAGGAGCUGAGUCGCAAAGACAGCGAGCUGCUGGCUCUUAGGACCAAACUGGAGACUCUGAACAAUCAGUUUUCUGACAGCAAACAACACGUGGACGUACUCAAGGAGUCACUCACUGCCAAGGAACAGAGAGCCGCCAUACUGCAGACUGAGGUGGACGCCUUGCGUCUUCGCCUGGAAGAGAAGGAGUCUCUGCUCUCGAAAAAGAGCCAGCAGAUGUCGGAGCUGACGGAGGAGAAAAGCACUCAGCAGGGAGAGAUCACUGACCUCAAAGACAUGCUGGAUGUCAAGGAGCGCAAAGUGAACGUGUUGCAGAAAAAGAUAGAGAACCUCCAGGAUCAGCUGCGGGAUAAGGAGAAGCAGCUGAGCGGUCUGAAAGACAGAGUCAAGUCUUUGCAGACAGACACGUCAAACACAGACACCGCACUGGGAACGCUGGAGGAAGCUCUGGCUGAGAAGGAGCGGAUUAUCGAGCGGCUGAAGGAGCAACGAGAAAAGGAGGAGAGAGAAAAGGGAGACGAGAUGGAGACCAGUAAGAAGGAGCUGAAAGAGUUGAGAGAAAAAGUCUCUCAGCUCCAAGCUGAGCUGGCUGAUCGUGAGACGUCGGUGUUGGAUCUGAAGGAGAAAGCCUCCUCGCUUGCAUCCUCGACUCUAAAGAAGGAAAACAGGCUGAAAAGUCUAGAAAUCAACCUGGAGCAGAAAAAGGAAGAGUGCAUCAAACUAGAGAACCAGCUCAAAAAGGCUCAAAGCGCAGCAGCGGAGUCGCAGGCCAACGCUGAACUCACUGAACGCAUCUCGUCCCUGGAGCAGGAAGUGACCCGGUGUAGAGAGGAGGCCGGGAAGGCCCAGUCUGAGGUGGAGCGACUUCUGGAGAUCCUCAGGGAGAUGGAGAAUGAAAAGUACGACAAGGAGAAAAAAAUCCAUGAACUGGAGAGAAAUCCAUCAACCUCUCAUCUGUGGCGUCCGCAGCAGUCGCAAAAGCAGGCCCCUCCCCCCGCUGCCUCUCAGCAGCCAGUGGGGGGCCUGAUGUGGGACUACCUGGGCACUCUUGCCUCAAGGCAAAUUAAGGACCAAUCGAAGAAGGUCGCCAACCUGAAACACAAAGAGCAGCUGGAAAAGAAUCGAAAUGCCCAGCUGAUGGAGGACGCCAAGAAGCGGGAGGACAACCUCAACGAAAGUUCUCAGCAAAUAAAGGACUCCCUCCAUCAGAAGGAGGAGCGCAUUGAGGAGUUGGAGGAAGCGCUGAGGGAAAGCGUUCAGAUCACAGCAGAGAGAGAGGUGGUGUUGGCCCAGGAGGAGCAGGCACGCUCACAUGCCGAGAAGCAGGUGGAGGACCUACUGGUUGCCAUGGAAAAGGUGAAACAGGAACUGGAGGUGAUGAAAGCCAAGCUGUCAUCGACCCAGCUCUCAUUGGCUGAGAAGGAAGGUCAUCUGACCGCCCUGCGAGCUGAGAGGCGGAAGCACCUGGAGGAGGUCCUUGAGAUGAAGCAAGAAGCACUGCUGGCCGCCAUAAGCGAGAAGGAUGCCAAUAUCGCUCUGCUGGAGCUCUCCUCAUCCAAAAAGAAGAAAACCCAGGAAGAGGUGUCAGCUCUGAAGAGAGAGAAGGACAGCCUGGUUCAGCAGCUCAAACAGCAGACACAGAACAGGAUGAAGCUGAUGGCCGACAACUACGAGGACGACCAUCUGAAAGUGGCGUCUCCAAACUCUGACCUGCCCAACAAUCACAAGCCCUCCCCAGAUCAGAUUCUCUCUCCUCUCCUGGACCUCAAUCAGAAUCGCAAUAAACUGAAGUUGUACAUAAGUCACCUGACCUCACUGUGUCAGGAGCGUGAUCCAAUCAUAUUGCAGGACUUUGCCCCGCCCCCAUCUUAUCACCGUUCUGACUCCGCCUCCUGGCACACGCAGCUGCACGGCAUGUCAGAGGAGCAGUUGGAGGCGGAGUUAGCGUUGUGUGAGAAGGAGGAGGCGGAGCUCCAGGAGUACGCCAAUCAGGUCCUGCAGCAGAUCGCCGACCGGUGCCCGGACAUUUUGGAACAAGUCGUCAAUGCCUUGGAGGACAGCUGCUGACUGACCUUUGCACACGCACACACCCCCACAGACUGACUGGAAGAAAAAAUCACACUCGUUUGCAUGCAAAAGUCAAACAUUGAGCGCGAACGCACGGGGAAAAAAAAAAGAUUAAAUAAAAAAUCACAUCUCCUGCAAGCUGCCACAGUCCUCAUGAAACAGAAAGAAAAUCAAUGUUGAGGAAGUUCAACUGCGCUUUAGUUGUUCUAAUUUAAGAGGAAUGUUGGUGUUGCAUCGCUACAGAAAAAUACAUUUCCAAUCUCAACAAACUGUGCCAGCUGAAGGAAAUGACGUCCCUUGGUCAGUUUAAAGUGCUUUAUUGGCAGAUUAAAUCUGAAUAGAUAUAUUUUUCUAACUCUUCUUAGAAAGAAAGCACUUCUGCUGCACUGACCAUAUGUUACACUAACCAUCUUGUAAGUCCUGGCUGGUGGCUGCGGUUCCACUCUGAGAAAAUGUUUUCAACCCGAGAAAGAGGCGUAAAAAAAAAGAAAAAGUUAUUUGGACUUGCCAGGCUGCUUCUGAUGCUGGACUUGCACGUUGUUGCCACAAUUCCUUUGAUCAGUUUGAGUGUGUUUAUUUCAGCUGCCUUUCGCUAUUUGCAUCAUUUGCUGCUAUCUUUUCUAACUUUUAGUCAGUUUUUGUUCCUUUCUCUGCAGGUGUUUGAUCAAAGAUUUCCAAAUGUAUUCAGUAUCUUCUACACCUGUAGGCAACCCUGGUAAGGAUUGGUAAAACACUUCAAAACAAAUGAGGUUUUUGUUUCUUUGUUUCUUUGUUUUUUUGCAGUAAUAUAUUUUUUUCUGUUCUGCCUUUCGUAUUUUGCACAUCCCUCUUCUGCUUAUUUGACAAAACCCAGUCCUCUAAUAAGGCCACAAGGUAGGAGCAUCUGGAGAUGGAGAUUGUUAUGGACGAAAGUUAAUUUUGCCAAAAGCUUUGGCUCUUGAUGGUGUUAAAAUAUUAUCAAGGCAACUUUUUCUAGCAGAGAGACUACCGGAUUUUAGUUAAGUUUUUGUAAUUCCAAGCGUUCAUGAUGCCAUGCGGCCUUAACAAGGUUUCCAGGGCCUGUGGAGGAGAAAACAGCAUCAUAGGUUCUUCAUGUAUUUAAUUGUUUCAUGGCAAAUCUAAUAACUGAGCUCUGAUGUGGAGCUCAACCAACCCACCAGAUUAAACCUGGAUUAACACUGUGCACAAGUUAUAGUUAUUUUAAAAAUUUCAGCCACUUCAAAUAUUGGCAAGAUUAAGCAUGUGGCUAUUUCUGUUAUUCCUUAUAUGUGACUUUUGAAGAUCAAAAUGCAUACGCCUUAAUAAAAUGUUGUGCUUUUUUGUCUGUUUUUUUUUUAACAGCAAAUAAGAAAGGCGAGCUUCUGUGUCUUAAAAAAAUGACAGU